AUGUCAACGUCUAUAGAGCAAGCUCCAACCACCUCUACCGGAGGCCCUGACGAUAAGUCCUUCGAGGUUACUCCAAAAAAUUGCUGCCCUCGCUACUUUCUUACCAUUAUUGUUGUAUUUUCUAUUACUGUCGCCAUAAGAGGUUUGGCUUGUCUUGACGACAAGGACAACAAGUCUUAUUGUUACAUAGAGCUCUUUGCUCAGUCGGUCUCCGUCUCAAACUUCACAAACGCCGCAAACGUUUCAACCGCUGAUUGGGGGACCGUCACGUCACGUCUCCUUCGUGGCGACGAGGUUAUCUCCAAGGUACCUCCGUCGUUCGAUGAUUUUGGGCGACUCUAUGCGUCGGACAAAACUGAUGCACCGGUAACAGCUGUCGACUUCAAAAAGGUGGUGACGCCGGUAGUUAACGGCAGCGUGGUUUGGGAUUAUCGUGUGGAGAGUGUCGUCGGGUUGAAGGCGGAAUUUGCACAUGGGUUCCUAUCGGUGAUUUGCCGCGAUAUUCCGGUGAAGUUUACGGCGGAUGAGGCGGGAAAUGUGGUUGGUUCGUUGCUCAGAGGUAUGCGACGAUGCGACUAUUUACUCCAGAAAAGUGGAACUAUGUUUAGAUAUUAA